AUGGCUGUUGGCAAGAACAAGAGACUAUCCAAAGGUAAGAAGGGUCUAAAGAAGAAGGUCGUCGACCCAUUCACCAAGAAGGAAUGGUACGAUAUCAAGGCUCCAUCCACUUUCAAGAACAGAAACGUUGGUAAGACUUUGGUCAACAAAUCCACUGGUUUGAAGAGUGCUUCUGAUGCCUUGAAAGGUAGAGUUGUCGAAGUUUGUUUGGCUGAUCUACAAGGUUCUGAAGAUCACUCUUUCAGAAAGGUUAAGUUGAGAGUUGAUGAAGUUCAAGGUAAGAACUUGUUGACCAACUUCCACGGUAUGGACUUCACCACUGACAAAUUGAGAUCUAUGGUUAGAAAAUGGCAAACUUUGAUCGAAGCUAACGUUACUGUUAAGACUUCUGAUGAAUACAUCUUGAGAGUUUUCGCCAUUGCCUUCACUAGAAAGCAAGCUAACCAAGUUAAGAGAACUUGUUACGCUCAAUCUUCUCACAUCAGAGCUAUCAGAAAGGUUAUCUCCGAAAUCUUGACUAGAGAAGUUCAAAACUCUACUUUGGCUCAAUUGACUUCCAAGUUGAUCCCAGAAGUUAUCAACAAAGAAAUUGAAAAUGCUACCAAGGACAUUUUCCCAUUGCAAAACGUUCACAUCAGAAAGGUCAAGUUGUUGAAACAACCAAAGUUCGACUUGGGUUCUUUGAUGACUUUGCAUGGUGAAGGUGCUGACGAAGAAACCGGUAAGAAAGUCUCUGGUUUCAAGGAUGAAAUCUUGGAAACUGUGUAA